AUAAGCAACGAGAGCAGUUCUCAAACGGAAUAUAUCAGUUUUGAAAGGAUUUUAAAAGUACCUACAAAAUGCCGCCGCCACACCACGAAGAUCGUCUGUUCGGAAUCCACUUUGGACUGAAUUUGGGAGGGGGUGGUCACCAUCAUCACCAUCACCACCCACCGCCGCCGAUGCACCACCACCACCACCACGGACCACCGCACCACCACGGACCUCCGCCGCACCACCAUCAUCACUAUGGACCUCCACCGCCGCCCCACCACGAUCACCAUCAUCAUCACGGCGGCCACUUUGACCAUCAUCAUGGUCCUCCUCACGGUCACCAUCAUCAUCACUGGUAGUUCAGUGUUGGAAAAGGGCUUCUAAAGUCAGAAUCCUCUAAUGACAGUCCUCUAGACAAGGAAAAAGGAUUGUGAUCAUAUUUAUUACCGAAUUUAAUUUAUAACUUAUACCAAAAAAAUACAAAAUACUUAAACACAAAAAAAAACAUUAAAACACACUAUUUAAAACCUUAA